AAUUCUUUUUCGUAUUAAAUCCGAUUGGAAUAAUAUGACGAACAAGUCUGAAUUGAUAAUAUUAAAAACAUAUGCUAAUCCAAGCAGAAUGUGUACAAUAUUAAUCGCAAUUGCUUUUUAUGUGUAUAUUACGAUUCAAAUGCUACCAUCCGUGAUACAUAUUAUUUUAUAUAUCUUUGGUAUACUGGAUGAAACCGAAUUAAUAUUACCAAUUUCUAUUGAUUACUUUUUGAAAGAAGCAAAUUUCUAUUUCGCACUAUUCAACGAAUACACAUGCAUAGUCGUCUUAACCACGAUUGGAAUAGCACAUUGUUCUAUAUUCGUCUCAUUUGUACAGCAUACCUGCGCUCUUUUCAAUAUCGUCGCAUGGAAGAUAGAGAAAGGAUAUAAAGGCAAUUCGCAUAAUCUCUACCAUACAUACAAUUUUAUCAAUUAUGAUGAAGAAUAUGAGUGGAUCAUCGAUAUCAUAAAAUCCUACGACAACGUUAUCGAUUUCGUCGAUUUAGUAAAACUUUAUCAUGGAAAAAUUUGUCUGUUCGAGGCGAUAUUCGCAAUGCUUUUGAUUAUCUUAAGUUAUAUUUACUUAUUUCAGAUACUUUCCUUUUCUAUUACUGUGAGAGAAAAAUUAGAAAAAUUUGAUUAUAUCAUUGGAACUAUAUUCGUAAUAUAUGUUUAUCAUUACCUUGGACAAAAAUUGAUAGAUCAUCACACCGAAAUAUAUAUAAAAUUGUGCCAAAUUCCAUUUUACAAGUUAUCUUUAAAAACGCAAAAAAUUUUACUAUUUAUGAUAAUGAAGAGCAUGACGCCAUGCAAUCUUUCUGUUAAAGGAGUGAUCGUAUUAUCCCAUUAUCUUUUUGGCACGUUUAUGAAAACCUCAUUUUCCUACGCCAUGAUAUUUUAUAGUUCGAUGUAAAUUUUAAUAGAAUAAAGCUUCGGAUUAAAAAUAUUAACUAAUUUUGCUC